GCUUUAGGCUUUAGGCCUGGCAUUAUGAGAUUAAUUCGGAUGUUGAGUGUUGGAGUUAUUUAAAUUUGGGAUUUAGGCCCGUAGUGGGCAAAUAUGCUACAAUUUCGGUCCAAUAAGCUUGAAGGGACAGCGUUGAUACGCAAGAGAUUGAGAGACUAGUAAUCUCUAGUCAUAAGGUUGGAUUUAGUGUAAUCUACAUGUUUGAUUAAUAGGAGUAUCUCAUAUAAUUAAAAUUGUUAGUUCAUGAACUUAUAAUCUCUUGUUUAAUUAUAAAUUUUAUUAAUCGAAAUAUAUGUACGAUGAACAUUCAAUCUGAUAAAAUUAACCAAUUUUUAAUAUUAAGAGGGAUUAGAGAUCAUAAUUUCAGGUAUUAAACCAAAAAAAAACAAAAUAAAUACAUAAUAAAUGAUUAUUUCAGUAAUUUGAUUGAAUAAUUAAUCAUAUAUUAAUUCAUGAGAUUAUUAAUUCUUUCACUAUUAAUCAAAUAAAGAUAAAUGAUGAGUCUAAAUACGAAACUUGUUUAUUGUUACAUUAAUUGCACCGUUUUACGUGUCAUAUUAGAUGUUUUACAUUUUUUUUAAUAGUUUAUUUUCCUUUUAUUUGACGGAGGUGAAUCAACUUAAUAGAAUUGGAAUAUAAGUUAAGUUAAUAAAGGAAAAACUAGUAAAAAUCCAUGUAGUUCACAUGUAAUUAUGUUUUUGCGUACACUUGUAAGAGAUUAUGGUGAGCGAGUUAUUUUCCUCAAUUCUACAUUACAAAUCCCGAUAGGAAAUCAAAUACUUGAGUGAGUGCUAGUUGUAUGGCCACCUCGUAAUUUGAACACAGUGACUAUUUUAUAUAUUUAUUUGUUUAAUUAGUGGUUGCUCAAUAAUAUUUAGGGUUAUUUUAAAAAGAUAGUAAAAAGUUAAUUUUUUUAUUUUUUUAAUUUUUUUUUAAAAAACAUAUAAAAAAUAUGAGAGAUGAUAUAACCCAAAAUGAAUUAAAAACUAAUUUCUGGUUACUAAUCCCAAUAAUUUUUUGAGCUCUGAUUUGACAUUUGUUGCGGGACUAGAUAAUCACAUAUGGACAAAAAAAAAAGUUACAAAAUUAUAAAAUGUCAAAACACUUGAGUUGGGAUGCAAAAUUAUCAAAUUGACCCAUAUACAAACAAAAAGUCAAAAAAAAUCAUUUCCAAGUGGGGGCCAUUUUGUCAUUUCACUUUGGGAACAUCAUUUCCAAUGCAAAAAAGUCAAAAAAGCCAAACUAGAAAACCAAACAAAUAAAAAAGUCUCAGGCUAAAAAAAUAAAAAAAUACUAAAAAAUUAACUAAAAAAGUCAUUGCCAAACAAACCCUCAAUUUCGUUGCAUUAUACUUCAUGUAUUGGGAUGUUGUUUGUGGAAGUAAGAUUGAAGCCAUUGUACGAGUGAAAUGAUGGAUACUUUAAUAAGGUUUUUAAAAAACAAUUAUAAAUUAAUAAAAAAAAUUAUGAGUAUUUGCUUAGAAGGAUUAAAAGAGAGAUUGAACUCCAAUUUAUGGAGUCUAUUGUUGGGUUGCGAAUUACUAGGCAAGAGUCCACUAGACCAUAGAUUCUAUACCUGUGUUUGGGAAGGCAAGCCGGGGCUAAAUUAGUUACGUCCGGACAAAAAAGGCUAAUUUAGCCAAAUGGAGACAAAACAGAAAUCACGGGUUGGGUUCAAACCCUUAUUGGGGUAAAUUUACCAAAAUACCCUGACUGUUCCCUCUGAGUCUGAGGCCCAACGCCUCACCACACACACAACCUUUCUAGGGCACACAACAAGCGAAGGAGGCGAUUAGUGUAUACCAGCGACAACGACAUCUGAGGCAGCUUCGCAGAGGCGAUCGACACCGGAGUACGCAUUUGCGGCCUCAAAGAAGACUUACAAAUAGGUCGGCAAAUCGAACGGUUGGGGCGUACGUUGGCGGCGGCGAACAAGAACGAACCCUCUCAAACACCACCGAUCUUCAGGUUUCGCAUUAACGAAGACGUGAUGAAUCCCUGGGAUGGAAGCAACAAUGACGAUUUAAGGGAAAUGCUUAAUCAAAUGGCCGUACAGCUGCAACAAGAAAACAACUGGACAUUUCUACAAGCAUGCCAGUAUACGACAGAGUGGUACGAAAAACACAUGGCUAAAACGCCAUGUCGCACUUCGAUAUUGACCGGGCAUGCAUGGAUAUGCAAACUAUAUGCGGGCCAUAUGGGUCGAUUUGAGGAAAAUGUUUACAUGGCGAAGGAAGUUUUUGCUGCUUUGUGUGAGACAUUGGUAAAUGAUUUUGGGUUACAAGUACGGCAACGUCCACAUGGCUUAGCUGUUGAAGAAAGCGUUGCAAUGUUUAUCCAUGUGUUGCAAAGGAUGCAAAAUCGGCAAAUCCAAGAACGUUUCCAACAUUCAGGGGAGACUGUGUCUCGGCACCUGCAUAACGUAUUAACUUCUAUGAAAGAGUUCACUGUUGUUCAUUGCCGGCGCACAUACAAUCAGCAUCGUAUACAUCUAUACGUGCGGUCUAAAUAUAAAUACCUACCGUUCAAGGACUGCAUUGGAGCAAUAGACGGAACACAUGUAAGUGCAUGGGUUACGGGGCCAGAUGGGGCAACAUAUUUUGGUAGGAAAUACUGUCACACGCAAAAUAUCAUGGCCGCGUGCGAUUUUGGCAUGUGUUUCAUCUUCAUUUCGUGCGGAUGGAAAGGAAGUAUGCAUGAUAGUCGCAUCUUUAACGAGAUACUAACAAAUAACAAUGUCCCAUUUCCAUAUCUUGAAAAAGGCAAAUAUUAUCUUGUCGAUUCUGGCUAUCCAAACCGGAUAGGUUACCUAGCACCAUUCAAAGGCAGCCGUUACCACCAAUAAGAAUUCCGACGUACUCAACGGAACAGGACGGCAAACAUGCCAAGGGAAUUAUUUAACAAAGUUCACUCGUCGUUACGCAGUGUGGAGGAAUGCACUUUCGGUGCCUGGAAAAAUCGAUGGGGGUUUAUUCGUGACAUGCCUCGGUAUGACUUUGUAAAUGUGCAAGUUCAGUUAGUAGGUGCGUCAAUGGCAUUACAUAAUUAUAUACGGCGAAACACAGGUAAUCCAACAACUGUUCACCCAAUCUGUGACGAAGAAGAGGCUAUGACAAUAGUAAAUGCCAUACCAGAAGUUGAACACGACGAUGAUGGUUUAAUGGUUGGGGAUGAGGACUUGCAUAUGGCAUUGGUGCACCUUCGCAUACGCAACAAGUUAUGUUACUUGCGUAAUAACAGAACAUUAGGAAAUAUAUAAUAGUCGACCUAAUUUUCGUAGGGUUGUAACAUUGGUAACACACGUGGAACAGAUUGUAUUCAAAUAUAUUAUCAUGUACAAUAUGUAUGUGUUUACACGGGAAUAUAACCCCUUUCAGUUCGUGACGUGCCUAACUUUGAAAAACCAAAAACCAUAGAAAAAAGCCUUUUCGAAAAAGAAAACAAGGUGAAACAAAUAAGAAAAAUAAAUUCAAAAAACUAAUACAUAAAUUAUCAUGUGCGACGUCAAUUAAAAACAUAAAAAUACCAGUUGAAAACAACAGAAAACCAAAAUAGACCUCAUUUUUUGGUCAUGUGCCACAGCAAUAUAUGAAUUUUCACAUCAUUUUAAAUAAAUGACAUGAAAAUACAUUUUUCCCAAAAAACCAAACAAAUUAAAAACAAAGUAAAAAAUAAAAAAAUAUAAA